AUGUCGGAGAUUCAAAUGAUAAUUGACAAGCAAAGAACAACCACUUGGUCCCCUCCACGCUCCUUCAAGUUCACGCGCCGCACAUCUUUGAAACUCCUCUUGACCGUUUUCAUCACCUUCACAGUCCUCUUCAUCCUAUCCAACGACACUCCUUCACCACUCCACCGUAAAUCCUCCUCACAAGGAUGUCCACCCACUUCAUACACAAACGGAUCAUGGAUCUACAACCCGCACAACGCGACGAGGAUGGAGAAAAAGGACGACGCGCUCUUCUUUUCCGGGUUUGAAGGAUGUGCGAGCUCUAGGGAAUAUUACUGGCACCUCGCAGCGGACAAAGAAGACCAAUGGGACCGGUUCCCGCGUGCCCAUUCGUAUGAGUGGGUCGGUCAGUGUGGCCUCGGACCAAUCGACCCGGAAUUGAUUGUGAAACACCUCGUGGAGGAUGGGGGGUGGUUGCUUGUUGGAGGUAUGUUUGUAUCGCGUUAUUCGAUGGCUUUUGGUGCUCAGUUUAUUUUAGACUCGGUGACGGAGAACCACUUCUUUUCGUUAUCCUGCCUAUUAUACCCACACGUCAUCGCAACGCCAAAGUAUACCGAAGGCGGCUCAUUCGACCGCGGCUGGCCGCAGAAUUUAUACCUCAACCCGUCUUCACCACUCCUCCAACACAAACACAUCUCUUUUCCGGAUGGGUUCGAUAUCACCGUGACCCCUCUAGUCACCUUCCGACGAAUCGAUCUUUUAUUCUCCCAAGCUGAACUUCUGGAUAUACAUCGGUCCAUUUACCCCUCCCCUCCACAGGCACAGGGAUUCAAACUAUUCAGCGACGAACCCGUAUGGACACUUGCACUCGCCUCAUACCUCGACCUGUUCACGUCCCCUCUUCCUUUGGGGAACUACGCCACCAUGGUCGUAAGCACCGCAGGACACUGGACUACGACCCUUUUCUCUGGCUAUCACGACGAGACCAAGGCCGACUCUGGGUACGGCAUUGAUCCGGGCCUGCUUUCUUUUUUCAAUGAGGCGAUGACGAUAUGGGCCCGUGAGGUGCAGGCCGUUUUGUGGAAUCAACAUCGCAGCAACUUGAGGUUCGGAAGGCCGGCAAAAAAGAAAAAGAGGCGUGUGCUUGUACGCUCUUAUUUACCUGGCCAUGAAGACUGUCACGCCGCGCGCGAGCCGUGGGCAGAGGUCCAGCCUUUUGUUUGGAAUUGGUAUAAUUGGGGCUACGUCGAUGCUUUCAAUCGCGUUUUUGAGACCGUUCUUGUGGAACGGACAAGGUUCCCCGAUAUUCAUUAUCUGCCCAUUGACCGCCCUGGAAGAUUACGGCCCGAUGCGCAUACCACGGGGGAUUGUUUGCAUAUUAUGACUGGGGCUGGCGUGCUUGAGGGUUGGACGCAUUAUAUCUGGCACUACGUUACGCACGAAAUUGUCUAA